AUUGCAAUCGAUGCAUAAAUAUCCUUUCUUUAGACCUUAGAAUUAUAGUUAAACCGGGGUAACCUUUUGCUAACCAUACUAUAGUGAUCAUUGUUAGUGUAGUUACAUGUUUAAAUGGGUUCACCCCUUGACUGGUCAUCUUUUUUAACUUAAUUUUUUUUCGGAGCCACCCCUAAGCUAUAUCACACAGAGUAAUAAAUAGAUCGUGGUUUAACAUUGAUCAGGGUGUACAUGGAAGUUUACAAUGAAGCACUGUUACAUUUGUGCUACUUUGCCGGUAAAACCAGAGACUUAGCUACAGGACAGACGAGGCAGGCGAUUGCAUGAGGCCCCGAAUUUUGAAGAGGUGACCUUAAGGCUGACACUGAGUUCAUCAUGAAAAUUUCAGACCUCAAUGUGCAGAACCUUUGAUAGAUACUGUGCAACGGUAUACCAGGAAGCUACCUAAAGGGGCCCUAUCUUGAUUGUGUGUGGGAUUUUAUUUUGAAUUGUCGCACUUUGCAAAAUGAAAAACAAGUUGCCAUUCUGUAAGCCAGAGAAAAAAAAGAAGAUACAAGAAGAAGAGGAAAAGAGGGAGCAGAACUGUGGUAAGUGGUGGAGAUAACCUUUUAAUGAAAUCAUUAAGCAUGACAAAUGUAGACUAAGCCAUAAAGUAAUGUAAUGUUAGUCCAAUAUCAAUGCGGCAAGCAAACAGCUAUAGCUCGGAGUUGGCACGUGAAUAAUGCUUAUUUAUCUUGAUAGCUUGGUUUUGUAAAGUAAAUACAGACCCAACACUUUACCAAAGGUGUUCUGUUGUAGACUAUGUGAUAUAACGAUGGUGUAUUUGGGAAUCUUGAUCGAAUUGUAUUUGGAUUUUGGAAAAUCAUUAUUUUUAACGGAAAAGCAGACAUAGACAUUGCCUCGUGUAUAAUCCCUGACUAGAUACAAAUUAAAAUGUCUUCUUAUAAUAAUUGGAUAUUAUAUUUACAUUUAUAUGGAAAAAAUGGUAACACAACCAUAUCCAUUUCUUUUUUUUUUUUUUUUUUUAUCUCUGUGGGAGAAUUAUUAAAGUAUCUUUCAGCAACAGAAUAAAAAGAAACAAAAAGUGACAGGAUUUAGUAUUUUCCUGCCUGGGGUCUCCACACUACCUAUUAUCAACCCAGGUAAAACUGUAACACAGGACUCCUUUUGGUUUCUGUGAAAUUGUAUAGUACUCACUGAGGAUAUGGGGAAACCUGCACAUGAUAAAAGAUGAUGUUAUGUGGGAAGUAUGAUGUCUGUAAUUUAAAUCAUCACUUAUAAUUGAACUGCAAUUGUACUGGCUGUGCCCUAUAUACAAAAGUGUGGUGUUCUGCCUGUAUUUAGCAUAUUUUUUUAUCUGUUGAGCAUCAGUCAUUUUGCUAAAAGUCAAGAAAAAGAAAGCGAGGGAAACAUGGAAGGCAGUGAAAGGGAUGUGGGUUCCAUAUUUGCAACUUAUCAUAGUAGAUUCAGACAUCCUUUCAGUCUUUCUUCCUUGUAGAUAUGUUUCUAGUUGCAUUUUAAAAUAGGCAGAGCGACAAGCGGUUGUUCCAUUAUAAGAAGACAUUUUCUGACGAGAGGUAGGAAGAGCUUUGAUGUGUUAUAAGUUCGCAUUGUUAAAGUGGACAUUGAUAUCCAUAAAAUGGUGUAAUUUCAGUGCAGAGUUCUGUGAUGAAAUGAAAGUCUGAGAGAAUGUGGUUCCUUCUUAUUCUACUGCAUCUGGGAUUGCAGCUCCCACUGAGCUUUUCCUGCCCAAGUAGCUGUGCGUGCUUUCCAAAUGGGGAUGUUGAAUGCACAGGGGCCAUCACUGAAAUCCCACAUCUGAAAGCCAAUCAAACCGUCCGCCUGAAACUCAAUAAAACUCAAAUAACAAUCCUUAAUCCCCAAAGUUUUCAGGCUCUUGUUCUUUUACAGCGCCUCCAAAUUAGCCACAAUCCUCUUGCCACCAUCCACCCAGAAGCCUUUGAUAAUGCUUCUCUGCUCCGGUCAGUUGUGUUGUCAUCUAACUCCAUCUCUGUUCUUCCACCAAGAGUGUUCAGUAGCCUGGGAAAACUAGAGCAGCUUUACUUGGACAGGAAUCAACUGAUGUCUCUCCAUGUAGACACAUUUAAAAAGCUGGUCAAUCUCAAGGAACUGGACAUCAGCAAAAACAAAAUUGCAAAUUUGGAUGCCAGAAUCUUCCAGAAUGUGACAAACUUGAAUCACCUGAACCUGUGUGAGAACUUACUACAAAAGAUCCCACAGACGAUGUUCCACAACCUUAAGAAACUCAAGUCUCUGAUACUUUACUCCAACCAGCUGAAGACUAUAGAGGAAGGUUCCUUUGAUCAACUGCACAAUCUGAUAAUGCUCAUGCUGAAUAAAAACCAAAUCCGAGAAAUCCCUCCUCGACUUUUUAGGCACAUGCCCAAACUGUUAACCCUGACUCUGUCUGGCAACCAACUUCGUUAUAUUCCAAGUGAGACCUUUUACUAUCUACCCAACCUUACUAAACUUACACUCUACAAAAACCCUCUAAUCUCCCUGCCGGACCAGCUAGUAGGUCACAUGCCAAGACUUAAGGAGCUCUACCUGUAUAACACCAAUCUCACCAGUGUGCCCUGGAACCUUUUUGCUAACAUGACUGGCCUCAGGGUUUUGAAUUUCCACUUUAAUGACAAACUCGCCUCACUACCAAAGGACCUCUUUUGUUGCUUGCCCAAUCUUCAAAAGCUAUCUUUAAAAAACAACAUACUUCACGAUUUACAUCCAGAUCAGUUUUCAGACCUAACCAAUCUUCAAAUUCUAAUGCUCAAUGAUAACAUGCUCCGGUCCCUUUCGGCAAAGACCUUCCAAAAUCUCCAUAGACUAACCAAGCUUGAACUGAGCAACAACAAUCUGAAUGAACUCCCAGGAGAUAUUUUUGCGCAUGUCACUGCACUGCGGUCUGUUACUCUUGGGGGCAACCAGUGGAACUGCACAUGCAGCAUUCUGGACAUUGUAAAAUGGAUUCGUGAAAACCGAAAUGCAGUUACUGACCUGCAUGACGUAUUAUGUGAUGAACCUUACUACUUACGUAAUAAACAACUGGAUAUGUUAACCAGUGACAGUCUGAAAUGUGGCAUCACCACUACAGGAUAUCUAAAUGUUUCUGUGAUCACUACAGGAAUGCAUUCUUCAGAAAAAACAACAUCCUCAUCUUCAUCAACAGCCUCAUAUUUAUCUACAGCAUCAUCUUUCACUGGCACAAGAACCACUACCAAUGUUGCUGCAAAGACAAACACACAAUCUCCAACCACUAUUCUUUCAAUUCAUCUGACUACACUAACCCCUUCUACAACGGCUUCUACAACCGAGGAAGAACAUAUUCAUGUCUUCAAGUCCAGUGUAUUCUAUGACACUGUGGUCCUUGUUAAUGGUCCUGAUAUUGUCCAUAACAAUCGCCACCAGCGCUGGGUGUACCUGUGGACCGUACCUGCUACUGGACUAUACAGUGGGUUUUUGAUGGCUUUGUAUGUUGUUCUCAUAGUCACCGGUGUAAUUCUGAUCAUAGCCAAUGCUUAUGCUUUGCACCGUCUACAUAAGGCUUUGUGGAAAACAGGGAUGACUCUUACUAGAAAUCAGACAAUCAUAACUAAACGAUUGCGGCGUUUUAAUGGCAAACUCUAGAAAUAGUACGUUGGAUUUCCUCUUAUAUCAUUAAUCUCUAGCCACAGUUUUGCUCAGUGACACAUUCUGUUGUCCUGACUCACGAUGAGUAUAUCUGCUUGAACACUGCAUGUUAAUUUUUUAUAACAGCAUGGUUAUGUUAUGAUUUAUGUAUAACUUUGUUUUGUAGAGAAGAUCCCUAAAAUUUGGCAAAAUUGUAUACAAAUGAGUUUGUUUUUUUCCCCCCCACAUAUUUACAAUUCAUAUUUCAUGUCAUUUAAUCACUAUUUUUAACCUUAAAUAAAAUAAAAUACAACGACAUCUGAUGAAAUUACGGGGGUGUUUUUUUUUUUUUUUUUAUCAAAAGUUUCACACAGCCAAGAGCUUGUUUCCAAAGUUUCAAGGUAUGAGGCAUUACAAAACAAACAACAACAAAAAAAAAUGUACGAAAUGAAUAUGGGUAAAUGCAUGUAUUUCUUUUACACAUUUGAGUCAUAUAUUAUGGCUUAUUUUUUGGAAAUAAAUGCCUAAAAUUAGAAAAGAUAAUGCAAGUCUGGCAAUAAUGCAAGUGUGUUUCAAGCUUGAAAUGAGUAGAAAUGUCCAGAAAUAGGUUUAAUAUUCAUAUAUUUGGUUUAUUGUAUUGUGUGUGAACUACUAGAUAAAUUUGAACAUAUUCCUGAUGUCAUUUGUUUGAAUCUGCUGAUUAACCGAAAUUAUAGAACUAAAAUCAUAGAAAGCUUCACCAUCAUUGCUUCUUUCAAGAAUAAAUGCUUCAAAUUAGCAAACAAAUCUGCAAAUAGAACAUUAAAAUGAGUAAAAAUGCCUACAAAUAGGUUUAAUAAUCAUACAUUUGGUUUACUGUAAUCUCCAAAUAGGAAACACUAUAUAAAUUAAACUAUACGUAACAUAUUAUCACUUGCUAAGAUGUCAAUUUUGGCAGUGCAGUCAUAUGCAGCAACUUUAAUGAGCUUAAUGGAUACAGAAGUUAUGACCAGAUGUAAACUGGAAGCAUUUUAC